GCGGCAUUGGCUGUAUCACAGCAGAUCUUCCACAGGGAAACGAUUUAGCAGGGAUUAAGAGACACGAUGCAAAUUUUGAUUGUCGCACUUGCUUUGCACACCAAAAUCAAUUGACAGAUAGCCAUUUUGAUUACUUAUCCGGUGCCCGGUUUAGACAGAUAACGGAUUGUCAAUACACGGAAACAAUAGCAUUACCGACCAUGACCGCUAGAGAACAACAAGCUAACAAGUACGGGUUGUCAUUGGGUCCACGACCGUCUGUCAUACGCAAACGCCUCAUGAUGCAUACCAUGCGAUAG